UGACGUCACGAUCAACACAACGAUUUCAAAUCUAGUGUACCGGCCACCCGCCGCCAGAGGACAAUGAAUGGGUGAACGUUGCCGGAGACUUGUCCAGACUCGUCGUCGACCUCGUUGCUGCCUUUGACGACUCGCAAUCAUGUUGGAGUGCAAGAAGCUUCCGGCGGGCUCAUUCGGUGCUGUCGACAAUGUUCGACACUCUGCAGAAGAGAUGGAUGACACUAGAAAAAGAAACAUAGCAUAUGAGUAUCUUUGCCAUCUAGAAGAGGCUAAAGUAUGGAUGGAAGCUGUACUGGGAGAAAAGCUUCCUCCUGCAGCCCAACUCGAAGAAGGUCUCAGGAAUGGAGUCUAUCUAGCACGGUUGUCUCAUAUUCUCACUCCAGAGGAAGUUCCGUUGAACCGUAUUUAUGAUCGUGAACAGAAACGCUACAAAAUUGCUGGACUGCAGUUUCGUCACACUGACAACAUUAAUUACUGGAUCAAGUCUUUGAAGUCAGCUAAUUUGCCAAGAACUUUUCAUCCAGAGACCACUGAUGUGUAUGACAAGAAAAAUAUGCCAAGGGUUAUAUAUUGCAUCCAUGCUCUGAGCACUCAUCUCUUCAAAUUAGGCCUCACUCCAGCCAUCCAGGACUUGUACGGCAAAGUUCAAUUUUCUGACAAUGACAUCCAAACUGUGCAGAAGGAUUUGGAAAAUGCUGGGGCACCGAUGCCUGCUUUCCAAAGGAUUGGUGGUCUGCUGUCUGGAAGCAGAGAAGUAGAUGGGAGACCACUCCGCAAAGCCAUUGAAGCUGUUGACAAAGCUAUUGCCUUGAAGGAUGUAUCCAUGCUUUACGAGAAACUUUCUAGCCCUUUGCUGUGCAUAGAUUGUUUGAAUGUUGAACUCCUUGAUGACUACAUGGAAACUCUGAUCAAUGCUCGAUCAACUAAAAGACAAGGAGCUCUUAAUCGGUCUCUGAAUGAUAGUUGCGAGGCAGAGGACUUUGAUGAGCUUUUGGACCAAGGGGAAUUGCAAGGACACAUUAUCACAGUAAACCUUCGGGCAGCUCUUCGAUAUGUGCUUCAAGCAGCAGACAGAAAAUUGUCCGACAAGAUUGCACACUAUCUACAAGCGCCAGCUUUCCAGUUGAAGAAUGUUAAUCUGAAUAAUGGCUCUGAAUAUGUUGAAGAGUUGAAAGUGUUAUGUGGUUUGCGUGAAGCUGCUGAUGGAAGAGAUUGUAUCGUGAUAAGACAAAGGCUUCAACAGGCAGUUGAUCAAGCAAAUGCCAGAUGCAACUCACUGAGAGAUACGUCAAAAGCUUUAUCAAGGAUGAACAGAACCCUCGAAAUCGGGAGCCUUAAAGACUUCAGUAAUGCAUUGCAUGACCCUGCAUUGCAACUGAACAGUUCUCUUCUGGAUCCACAUGCAAUGCCAUUGUACUUCUCUGAAUUAAGCAUUGACAAAGCUGAAUCAGGAAAGUCCCUCACCUAUCCAGAACUUGUGGGAAGUCUGAAAGUUCUCAACACUGUUGCACAAGUUACUCGGAGUGUGCACAGUGGUAGUGUGGAACAAACAUGGAAUGCUUUGAAUAAUCCUUCUCUUCGGUUUGCUGGUCUGGAACCAAAUCUUAAAAUUCAAUAUAUGAACGCCCUCCGAGAAGCACUGGAAACAACGCCUGUUUUGGGCUAUGCUGAUAUUCAAGGAGUGAUUGAUAAUGUUGGAACUGAAUCGGAACAACGGCUUCAAGUCAUCUCUAGCCUCCAAGCUGUAAAUGAUGCUGUACGCUCGAACAAGGCUGACAAAGUUCUGAACGCCUUGCAGCAUACUAGUACUAAGCUGUCGGAAAGCAUUGCUGCUAGCGAUGCGCCUCUUCUGCUCCUGUUGCUGAGAACUUGUUUGUAUGAAAAGGAAAAGCAAGGUGGAGGAGAGUUAUGGCUCUGUGAUGUGGAGAAUGCAGUCCAUGAUGUUGUGGCUGAGGUUCAUGAGGCUCAGACAGCCUGCUUUGCUCUUGCCAGGCUCAAUGUGUGUUUGAAUGCUGGUGUAGAGGAUUUGAGUGAGUGCAUGGAGUGCCUUGCCAGUGCAGGUCUGGUUGAGUACGACAAAAGUAAUGCCAGGAUUUGGCACGACACACUGCACGAAAGACUGAGGAACAAGCACCGCCAUAGGCAUCAUUCUUCUUGGAUAGAUCACACAACAUCACAUGGUCAUACUGUGUACUUGAAUAUGGAAUCCUACUUGUACUCAUGGGAGCGUCCUGCAGACUUCCACCCCCAAUCGCACUACCUUUCUCACAAAGAUGUUCGCAGUGCACUUGGUGCUGGUGAACGCCUGGUUGCAUUGCAGGCACGCUGUCGGGGAUUUUUGGUCAGGAAGAACUUGUCUGACAGGAAGGAAUAUUGGAGGAAGCAUGUAAAGGAGAUUGUCCACAUUCAGUCUUGGUGGAGAAGUGUUGUCCAGCAAAAGCAAUAUCAGGUUCAGCUGGAAAGUUUGAGAAAGGAGAGGGCAAGACAGGCCCAAAGGCGGGGACAAGGAAUUUUGGAUUACUAUAGGCGUCAUAUUGGUGCUGUUGUACGCAUUCAGGCCUUGUGGCGAGGACGACAGGCAAGGAAAGCCUUCUCUUCUCUUGUCCACCAAACAGAUCCACCAUUCAACAUUGUGCGCUUGUUCGUGCCACUAUUAGAUUUCAACACUGAUGACUAUGAGAGGGAACUUGAACUCCAGUCUCUUCAAGGAGCAGUUGUCCAGAGGAUUCGCCACAAUCAAGAGCUAACAAGGCAAAUUGAUGCAAUGGACAUUAAAAUUGGUCUCUUGGUCCAGAAUAGAGUUACCCUGCAGGAUGUAGUGGCUCAUGGAAAGACUCUGAACAGCAUUGCCAAAGGAAAAGACAAAGACAAGAGCAGUCCCAAAAUGUCUUCUAAAGCCCACUGCAAUUUGAAGACUUUGACUCGGGAAGGACGCCGCCUCCUGGACGGUUACAAGCAUUUAUUUUACUCACUGCAGACAAAUCCUACAUACCUGGCUAGGCUGCUUUUCAGACUUCCGCAAAGCCGCAGUGUGAAAUUUCUCCAAAAUGUAAUUUUAUCCUUGUUUAACUUUGGUGCUAGCCAAAGGGAAGAAUACCUGCUGCUAAAACUGUUCAGGACUGCUUUGAUAGAAGAAAUCAAGUGCAAAUGUGAAAAGCUGUCUGAUGCUAUUACUGGCAACCCAAUGGUGCUUAAAAUGGUGGUGAAUUAUGCAAGACAGCAUUCUGGUCAAAAUGCUUUGCGGACAAUGGUUGGGCCCCUAAUUGAACGAGUGCUGAAUGACAAGAAUCUUUCAAUUGAAACGAAUCCUGUUGACAUCUACAAAUCCUGGAGAAAUCAAAUAGAAAUGGAGACUGGGAAAUCUUCUGAUUUACCUCACAAUGUUACGCAAGCUGAGGCUCUCACCCAUGCUGAGGUGCGCAAAAGGCUCAAUGUUGGACUUCAGAUGCUUCAGGCUGCUACCUUAGUAUUUUUGCAAAGAAUUUGUGAUAGCAAAAACUUAAUUCCUUAUGGUCUUCUCUACAUUGCCAAAACUCUCCGUCAAGGUCUUUUGGAAAGAUUUCCUGGGACCCUGGAAAAAGAUGUACUUAAGAUUAUUGGCCACCUUGUUUACUAUCAGUUGAUAAACGCUGCUAUAGUUGCUCCUGAUGCAUUUGAUAUUGUUACUUUACCUGCUGAUCGUAACUUGUCCAAUGAGCAACGCCGCAAUCUGGCCAGUAUUGCCAAGAUCCUCCAGUUUGCCGCAUCAAAGAAAGGGUUUGGCGAGGAGUCUACUCACCUCAUGUGCCUCAAUCCGUUCAUUGUUGAAUGUCACGAAAGGUUCAAGGACUUUUUCCGAAGAUGCUGUGAUGUUGAAGAGCUGGAAGACCAUUUCAGUAUCAACAGGUACUCUGAGGCAACUCUCAUUCAGGAUCCAUGCAUCUACAUUACUCUUCAGGAAAUUGUUGAUACUCACAGUCUUCUUUUGCAAUAUGAGGACCAGCUUGCCCUGGACCCCAUGGACCCUCUUCAUGAGCUGCUUGAGGAUUUAGGUGGUGUUCCGACAACAGCCCAACUGCUUUGCAGUGAGUCGGCCCACGCGGCCCCUCAGUUACUGCAAGCAGAGAUUUGCCUGUCUCUUGUUGACAAGUUCCAGGUGCCAGAGGAGGACACUACUGACCUCAGCAAGCUGUUUGUGAAAACUAAGGAGCUUCUUGUCCUGUUGUUACCUUUGCUGCAAGGUGAUGAUUUGGUAAAGGCCUUAUCGGUGCCAGAUACCCCUGCCCAGCAGUUCUUGCAUGAGGAAAGGCUAAGGAGACGUGACCGUGACCAAAAGCAACUUGUUGCUCUGAACCGUACAUUCAACACCGAUUCAUGCUGGUCACUCCGUGAUUGCAAACAAUUGUUACGGCGUUACCUUAGCCGCCUGGAACUUGCUGGUCUUGCUUCGUCAAGUAAUGCUUAUCAGUCGGUUGUCACGGCCAUUGCCCAAGACUUGUGCCACAAAGGAAUUUAUCGUCAACAAAGAGCGAGGGAGUUGGUUUCACUCCGAAACACUAUUGCCUCUCUGGAUUCCAAAACCCUUGCUCUGCAGGAACAAGUUGAUUUCUACAAUGAAUAUAUUCACCGAUGUUUGGACAAUUUAAAUGCAGGAAAGAAGAGUGUCCACGCACCAAAGGCAGAUGGGAAAGUUCCUGGAAAAUUGAAGUCCAAACUUACACUGAAGUACACAGGUGCUAAACUUCAAGAAAAAGGUGUGCUGCUUGAGGUGGAAGGAUUACCUCAAACCCAACUGCGCAACGUUACCUUUGAAAUUUCACCAUCAGAAAUUUCAGGCGUUUUCACAGUACGUGGAAAGUUCAUGGGAGUUGAAUUGGAAAAAGUUGAUGUUGAUAUUCAGCAUCUGCUGGAGCUACAAUUUGAAGGAUCCUCUGUAAUGGAUAUGUUUGGCAAAGCCAAAGUAAAUGUUAACCUGCUGCUGUUCUUGCUUAAUCGGAAGUUUUAUGGCAAAACAUAGAACUAGGGUACUGUGUGCUCAGUAUACUUGCGAAAUGAUCUGAAUUUGAAUGUUUGAACCAUGACAUGUGCUCUGUGCAGAAUUGCCUGUAAUCAAUUCUGACUUAGCCAAUUUUAGCUUAACAGUUUUGUUUUCUUAUCUGACUUUGGAUCACUGUUUAAAUUACACAGACAUCAAUUUGUUGCAAUUCUCUUUACCACUUGAGUGAUACAGUAAUCCAAAACAUAAAUGUGAUCGCAAUUUAGUUUUUAUUAUUGCCAAAGAAUUAUUUUCUAAAUUUGUCACUGUUGGCAUUUUUAUGUGGAGAAGUAAUCUGAAUACUGUUGUGUCUGUUUCCCAUCAUUUACGCUGUAAUAAUAAUUAUUCCCCUUAUGCACAUUCCUCUGAACACGUGACUAUUUUAAUUUAUUGUUAUUAGGUGUACUAAUGAACUAAGUUAACAAACUGAUUGAUGUUGCACUGAUGCAUAAGCACCAAGAUAGAUUACCAUUCUUCUUUGGUCUAUACCAUUUUAAUUUGAAUGUACAGAGCUUUAUCUAACAUGUUUUAUUAAAUGUAUUGUUCCAUAAAAAUUA